AUGGAUACGGACAAGUUGAUUGAAUCCAUCGUCAGAGCGCUCAUGUUUCUGGAAGGGAUCCUGGGAAACAACUGGCUGGCUCUACGCUCGCUGCCCAGGCACAAAUCUGCCAUGCGCACCAACGAGAUCCUCUUCAUCAACCUGGCCGUCUCCAACCUCAUCACCAACUGCCUGGUGGACCUUCCCGACACCAUCGCAGACUUCGCCGGACGUUGGUUUUUGGGGGAAACCUUUUGUGCCGUGUUUCGUUUUUGCGCCGGCCUCUCCGAAGCCAGCAGCAUCUACUCCACCUUCUUCAUCAGCGCCUACUGGUACCAGAAGCUCGUCGGCUCCCUGAAGCGCGGCGGCGCUCCGGUGCAGAUGGACAGCCUGCGCUUGGUGGGCUGUCUGCUGGCCGGGAGCUGGACGGUGGCGCUGGUCUUCAGCAUCCCGCAUUUGUUCUUCGUGGCAGUGGAGGGCGGAAACGAGAGCAAAGAAGACUGCGUGGAGGUGUUCCCCAGCGCAGCGGCGAGGCAAACCUACGAGAUCUUCUAUUUAACCCUGGCCAACGCUCUCCCUCUCGCUGGGAUCGUAUUUGCCAGCGCCCAGAUUGUCAUCACUCUGCUCCGAAACAGGCUCCGCAUACAGGGUCAUAACUCGGACCCGGCGAAGGGCGAAAACAAGAGUACUGAAGGCAGCAACGACCAAUCGGUCAGCACUGCGUCUGCUCCGGGCGCCUCAAACGAUCCAGAAUCGCCAGAACUCAUUUCCAACGGCGUGCCGGCUUCUUCGCGUCCAAGCGGAGAGCCGUCAGGUCACAGCUCCGCCCUGAACAAGGAUGCAAACACAGACGGCGCAGUCGGAGCUCCACCAAAUCCUCCCAGGCCCACCCAGGUGCGGGCAAAGCCGAGUCCGGGCUCCAGCAGCCAGGUGAGGGCGGCCAAGAGCGUGGUGGCCGUGGCCGGCGUGUUCCUGGUCUGCUGGCUGACCCAUCUGGUCCUGCGCAUCUCCAACAACAUCCAAACCUCACCGAUUGUGUUGGAGGUGGCCAGCUACGUCGCCGCCUCCUACACCGGCAUCAUCCCCUACAUAUUCCUGUACGGCGUGAAAAAGCUUUCUUUCUCGUGCAAAAGGUAG